AUGGAGGAGCGCCAGCGCGUCAUCCGGGAGAUGGAACGGCGCCUGGAGGAGCUCCGGGAGGUGUUCGUGCGCUCGGAACAGGAGGCGGUGGAGCGUGACGAGGUGUUGACCCGCAUCGCCUGCGCUGCCCAGCAGGGAGAGAUGUAUGCGGCCGAGAACAGCCAGCGGCUCAAGAAGGGCCUGCGCUUCAAGAAGCACCGGCCCACCAUCAUCUUCUCCUCCAUGCUGGGACUCCGCACGUGCCUGCCAUGGCCCGUCAAGCUCAAAUGA